AUGGUUGAAUGGGUUGUAAUUGCUUUUGAUAAAGCUGACAGAUCAGCAUACAGAAGUGAACAUUUAGCAGGAAUCCCACCACAGGUCGAGUCAGGCAAGCUUGUCUGUGCUGGUGCCAUAUAUAACGAACCAAAGGCUCCUGGUGAACCAAGAACUUUUGCAGGUUCUCACUUGCAGGUUGUCGCUGAUACCAAGGAGGAGGCAAUUGAAAUUGUCAAAUCUGACAUUUUCGCCAAGGAGGGCGUUUGGGAUCUAGACAACCUUAUCGUCUAUCAAUUUGGUUGUGCAAUUCGCCAGCCUGUUAACAAAUUGAAAUAA